AUGCAGCAGUUACUACUAACAAAAGAAUGCCAUUUAAAAGAACACAAGGCAAUUAUAGAAAAAGUCAACACAGAAACUGAAGAAGAUACGAAGACGCUUUUCAAAAAUGUUUUUAACCGCAGGAAAAUGAAAGUAAGAAUUAAGACAUUAAGAGGGACCAAUAAUUUAGGGUUGAUUGUAGGCCCAGAAUCCAAGGCUGUUCUCACACUGAUUACGGACGAAAUCAGUAAUAAGCAUGAGACAAGCUUAUGGGUGAGAUCUAUAAAGAAACAUCAGCCGAUAGAAAUUAUAAAAAACAUUCCAGAAGACAUUAAGAAAGACGAAAUGGUUCCAGUCAUAACAGAACAAAACCGACUACAAGAGCAAGACAAAGCUGAAAACCAUAUUAACAAAUAA